AAACUUGCUACCCGAGAUGGCCAGCAUCCCCGCUCUCAAACACGUCCCGGGAAACUUUGCCCUUGUCGAGUUUGGUUCCGGAGGAUUCUUUCCGCGAAUUGCGGAGGCCCAGAUCUGGAGGGGCGAGUUGGGAUAUUAAGUGCUUUUAUUUGGGGGGGGGUUAUGUCCCCCUUCACGGUGAAGCAUAUUGGCGAAAGGCAGAUUAGCUUUCCCCCCCCCCCGGUCCCCCCAAGAAAUUGAGUGCCGCCUUCGAGAUUGGAGGGAGCACGUUCACACACACAAGCACACACACCCGUUUUUAUUUCGUCCGCUGCGGCGCGCCUUCUGCUGCUUUCGGGCGGCGGGGCGGUUUGCCGGGCCGACCCCGCCAUGCUAGGAGGGUUGCGGAGGCGCUGGGAGGCCUACAAGUACCGCUUCGUGCCCUGGAUCGCGCUCAAUCUCCGCCACAAGCGCAGGACUCUACGGUUUGUGCCAGAAGAAUCUAAAGACAAAAUUGCUUCUGAUGAAAAUGUCCUUCAAACAUUACUGACAGCAUUUAGAUCUUUAUUUGUAAAUGACUUGAACAGACAAAUGUGCCUUUUGAAUGUAAUUCCAGAAAUUAAAUCAAAAUAUCCAGAAAUAUACUCGGUGCAGUCCAAAACAAUACCCAAAGCAGUAUACAACGAUCAAGAACGUCAAAAAGCCCUUAAUCCAGAAGAAGUUCUGUUCAGUACACUAGGAUUCAGCAUUAUUCGACAACCCAGUUCACUGGAGUCAGCUGGAAUAGGAGUUUUUGUAGCAAAAGGAUUUGUUCCAGAAGGAACAGUCGUAUCAAUGUAUCCUGGCACAAUCUAUGAAAAUCAUGAACCCAUAUUUUUUCAAUCCAUUGGCAAUCCAUUUAUAUUUCGGUGUAUCGAUGGUGUACUUAUUGAUGGAAAUAAUAGGGGAAUCUCAAAGGCUAUAUACAGGUCAUGCAGCAAAAGAGAUCAAAUUGGUCCUUUAAAAAUGUGUGAUGUCUUUUGGCUUACAACUGCUAUUCAAAAUCCGUUGGCUGUGGGACAAUAUGUUAAUAAUUGUUCAUCAGAAAAAGAAGCAAAUGUUUGCUAUCAGGAACUGAACAUACCUAAAUGUUUUCCUGUAGAAUUUAAACAGUAUCUUCCAAACAUAAACUUCAGCCAUGAAAUAGAAAGGUAUAUGAUUACAUCCCAUUUACUUUAAUAAUAUUCCUUCUAUCACAUUAUAAAUUACAAUUCAGUGGACACUUUUAGAGAAUCUAUAGAGACUAUAGCUUGUCAACAAACAUAUACAUCCCAUGCGAAGAAAACAAAAGUGGAAUAUGUUUAUGUGAUAACUUCCGCGGAUGCUUCCAGAUACUUCUCCAGAUGUCAGCUCGGAAAAGGAUGAACCAGUUCCAAGCAUGCCUAGAGGGGAAUUGGUCAAUGGCUCCAAGCAGCUGUCUGAAAGGGAUUUGGCUGAAGCACAGUUGCAGCAGGACAACCCUGAGGCUUCAGGUUGGGAAAGCAUGUAGCUGCAGCCAGUGAGUGAUGAGGAAGAGGAACUGCCUUCUUCACCUGAUCCAAGAACAUGUAGGGCAGAGAAAAGGCAGGAGCAGAGAAGGUCAGCCUGAUUACUCAUGAGGAAGCAGUCCCCUCUCUCUUGAUGGGAUGCACUAGAAACUGGCUAUUUAGCACAGCAGAUAGAUGGAGGCGAUGUUGGAAAUGUGUUCGUUUCCUUGCUAUGUGCUCUUGCCUUGAACUUCGGAUCGUGUCUCUUCAGCUGUUGCCCUUGCCUUGUCUUUGCCUUGGGAACUUGCUUUUGCCUAGUGGACUGGACUUGCCUUGCCUUGAGGACUGGUGUUGGUUUCAUUUGGGUAGCCUGUGGAAUUCAUUGGGGUUAAGCUGGUGCCAUCACAGGUAAUUGCUGAGGAAUACAAUUCAGUCUUACAAGCCUAAAUAAAGACUCCUUACACCCA